AUGGCCCCUCCCGAGGUUCACCACCUUUUCCAUCACCCCAUUGCGGACCAUUCCUUCUCCGCCGAUCGCCAGACGCUGGCUGUGGCCCGCGAGAACACAGUCGAUCUGUUUAAGAGAAAUGGAAACAAGUUCCAACUCACAGAUGAGUUGACGGGCCAUGAUAAGACGGUUACUGGUGUGGAUAUUGCGCCCAGGAGCGGCAAGAUCGUUACCUGUUCCCAAGAUCGCAAUGCGUACGUUUGGGAGCCCUCUGCUGACGGCUGGAAACCCACUCUCGUACUUCUCCGCAUCAAUCGCGCUGCUACCUGUGUCCGCUGGGCUCCUUCCGAGACCAAAUUCGCCGUAGGCUCUGGUGCGCGACUUAUUCCGGUCUGCUACUUCGAAGAGGAGGACAACUGGUGGGUGUCGAAGCACUUGAAGAAGCCUAUUCGAAGCACCAUCACAACUGUUGCCUGGCACCCGAACUCUGUAUUGCUUGCUGCAGGUUCCACCGACGGCCAUGCUCGCGUUCUCUCUAGUUUCAUCAAGGGUGUGGAUGAAAGGCCUGAACCCUCUGCGUGGGGAGAGAGGCUACCGUUCAACACUGUGUGUGGAGAGUUCUUGAACAACACGGCAGGUUGGAUACAUAGCGUCGCAUUUUCUCCCAGCGGCAACGCCCUUGCCUUCGCUGCCCAUGACAGCAGUCUUACGGUUGUCUACCCCAGUGCACCGGAGCAACCUCCUCGUGCCGUUAUUAACAUUUCCACCCAACUUCUGCCCUUCAUGAGUCUAGUCUGGAGGAGCGAAGACGAGAUUAUUGCUGCAGGCUAUGAUUGUCAGGCCUACCGUCUUCAAGGCUCGGAACACGGCUGGCAGCUAGCUGGCUCGUUGGAAACCAAGGGACGCCCAGGAGCUCAAGGUCACAGGGAGGAGUCCGCGCUUAACAUGUUUAGACAGAUGGAUCUGAAGGGCAAGGCUACGGAUGACACAAAGCUCGAUACCAUCCAUCAGAACACAAUCACUAACAUCCGCGCCUUCGAAGAGGCGGGUGGCAAGGUCACCAAGAUCAGCUCCAGUGGAGUUGAUGGAAGAGUCGUUGUUUGGACCUUGUAG